GCAUCUCUCUUCCGCGCGUACAGUCUGUCGUCCUCCGUCUCUCUACAACUACCCACUAAGUCAAUGACAGCGCGCUCCUCAUCCGUCGGCCGAUGCUCGCCCAGUGCGGAACUGCAGCCAUCCUCUUCGGCACCGGCGACAUUAUCGCACAACAGGCCAUCGAGAAGAGAGGCUUCAGGCAACACGACUUCAUCCGCACAGCCCGACUCACAUUCUACGGCGGCGCCCUCUUCGGUCCAGUAAUGACAUGGUGGUACCAGUUUCUCAACCGUAUCCAGUUCGCCUCUCCCACCCGCGCCAUCCCAUCCUCAACCCCAUUCGCUGUCGGCGCGUUCUUCGCAUCCAUGUCCGUCUUGGAGGGCGUCCCACACGAAGCGUACCCGCGUAUCCAGGCUGCAUACGUUCCGACCAUCCUUCGCAAUUGGGGUGUCUUUAUACCCACCCAGAUUAUUAACUUUGCUCUGGUUCCGCACCAUAUGCGUUUCGUGGUGGUUAGUGUUGUUAGUUUGUUCUGGAAUACGUACCUCAGUGCGGUGAAUGCUCGUCAGGCAAAGUUGGAGCAGGAGGAGAAGGAACAUGAAAAGUUGCCUAUGAAGGAGGUAUAGAGGGGGAAUGGACUUUGCUCGGUUGACUCGUUGGUACUAAUCUAUAGAGCUCCCUAGAUAUAUCUAUAUAUCCGCUAUUUCUUGCACAAAAUG